CUUCCGCGGCGGGGCGCGCAGCGCACAGGGCGGGCGCUGGAUGCGCCGCCGGGGGGAGGCGGGCGGGAGCCGAGCGGGACCCCGCGCAGCGGCGCGGAGCGCGGCGCGAUGAGCGCGGGUAGCGGCGCCGCCGCCGCGGCGGGCACCGCCACCUCCGCCCUCUGCCUGCUCCUCUCGCUCACCGCCGUGGCCGUCUGCCUGCUGCUGGGCGCCAAGACGGCGGAGCUGCAGGGCCGGCUGGCCGCCCUGGAGGAGCGGGGCGCCGCCGGCCCCGGGCCGCUGCUGGACGCGCUGCAGCCCCGCGUGGAGCAGCUCUUCCGCGAGAAACUGGGUGAAGGACUAGCAAAGCUGCGGACGGCGAGAGAGGCUCCGUCAGACUGCAUGUGCCCCCCAGGCCCUCCAGGGAGGCGGGGAAAGCCUGGCCGGCGAGGAGAACCUGGACCUGCAGGGCAGUCAGGACGCGAUGGUUACCCGGGGCCUCUUGGUCUGGAUGGCAAACCAGGACCUCCAGGACCAAAAGGGGAAAAGGGUGAAGCAGGGGACAUCGGCCCGAGGAUGGUUUUUCCCCGGCUCAAUCACGGAUUUCUGGCUAACGAUCAGCUUGUCUUUAGCCGGCGAGUGCUGAAGGGCGAUCAAGGUCGAGAUGGAGCCACUGGCCCCCCUGGUCUGCCAGGACCCCCAGGUGCCCGGGGGCCUCCCGGUGACACGGGAAAAGAUGGCCCAAGAGGACCUCCGGGCCCCCCUGGUUUCAAAGGUGAGCCGGGAGAGGACGGCCUCACGGGUGCCAGGGGACCUCCAGGACCAAAGGGUGAGCCUGGUAUCCAAGGGAAAAAGGGUGAUGAUGGGAUCCCCGGGGAACCAGGACUUAUGGGCCCUAAGGGAGAAAAAGGAAGCACGGGUCCCAGAGGAGAAAACGGCACAGAUGGCUUGCCAGGAGACAAGGGUGAACCUGGUGAGAAGGGAGGAAUCGGCUCCAUCGGACCCCGGGGUCCCCCCGGCCUGAAAGGGGAACAAGGUGACACGGUAGUGAUUGACUAUGACGGCCGAAUCCUGGACGCGCUCAAGGGUUCGCCGGGUCCCCCAGGGCCACCAGGCCCCCAAGGCGCUCCAGGUCCCAAGGGAGAGCUGGGCUUGCCAGGUCCGCCUGGACUGGACGGUGAAAAGGGUCCCAAAGGAGCGAAGGGUGACCAGGGCAGCGCAGGGAUCAUGGGACAGAAAGGGGAAACAGGAGAAAUGGGCUUAUCAGGGCCACCGGGUGCAGAAGGGCCAAAAGGAGACAAAGGAGAAAAAGGAGACACCGGGUCACCAUGUUUGCAGAAUAAUCACAUCAUACCUGAGCCCGGCCCCCCUGGAUUGCCCGGCCCUAUGGGUCCUCCAGGAAUCCAGGGGCCUAAAGGCUUGGACGGUGCAAAGGGAGAAAAAGGUGACAGCGGUGAGAAGGGGGACCAUGGCGACGCUGGACCCACUGGUCUCCCCGGUGCUCCAGGGCUCAUUGGUUUACCCGGUACCAAAGGAGAGAAGGGAAAGCCGGGGGAGCCAGGAUUGGAUGGUUUCCCAGGUCUCAGAGGAGAAAAAGGAGAGAGAAGCGAAAGAGGUGAGAAGGGUGAGCGAGGAAUACCGGGGAGAAAAGGAGCCAAAGGACAGAAGGGGGAACCAGGUCCCCCCGGACUGGAUCAGCCUUGUCCCGUGGGACCAGAUGGACUGCCAGUAGCAGGAUGUUGGCAUAAGUGAUCUCUGAGCAUGAAGCACAAUAUGUAAAUAAUGUGAUAUAUUUUGACCUUUUUAAAUUUUUGUAUAAAAAAAGGAAAAAAAACCUUUCGACAGUAAUAUAUUGACCUUUUUUUAUACUGGAUUCUGUCUG